GUAGUUUUAAAUGGAACGCACUAAAACAACCAAGGUGCGAGAUUGAAAAUAGUUGCUAAUUUUGGCUUGAUAGCUCCAUCUCGAUGUUUGCCUUGAGAUUAGAGGCGAAUGUGCCACUGUAGAUUUAUUAAAUACCGGCUCUCCCACUGCAACUGUCGCUGGUAUACUCCUUGUACUCCGUACUUGGUUGUUACCUGAGGCGGAGGAGAUCUGGAGGGGUUGCAAACCCCACAUUCCAGAUGGUAAGCCGGCGUCUUAAAUCGCCACUUGCUUCCGCCCCCCACGUUGCCUGCCCCUUUAAAUUGUUGGACCCUAUCAACUUUGUCCUCUUCAGUCUUUCUUAGCUCCGAAGUACAUGAUUAGACACGGCCGGAGGCAUGGCAGCGGCCAAUUUGUCCAGCCUUCCUGGAGAGAUUUUACUCCAGAUAUUAUCAUUUCUCUCACCGGCGCAUAUCACCCAGCUUCAGUUGGUCUCAAAAACAUUCCUUAAUAUUGGGCGGGACAGUACCUUUUGGCGCGAAAGAUGCUUUCAAGAAUCCUCCUUCCUCGAAACCCUCGAUCGGCGACGCCAGCUCGGCGCGAGUAACCCCCCACAAGUCGAAUAUGACCGACCUCCCCAAGACCCUGUCGGACAGGCUGCUUUCAGGGGAUGGAGGUUGUCACUGGCCGACAAUGCUGGCGCCGCGCCAAGCGAGGAUACUCGGCAGGUGGUGCAGCUGAGAGAGCGCGAGAGGGUGCGGAUCAUGGCCAACUGGGAUCCAUCGUAUCCGUCCGAGCGAGUCUCCUGGUACGACGAGUACAUUCAGCGACAUGGUCCUAUCUCCGUCAGCUGGUUUCAACAACCUCGCGCUUAUAUAUCGGGAAGCUCAGAGCCGGAAUACGUUGAAGCGAGAGGGGUUGCACUUUAUCGACCCGACAACCCUCGCGAAGACCAGGUCGAUGUCGAGACCGUACUUGCUGUAUCGCCGCUAGACGACGGCGGGGUUUGCAUAUGGGAUGUAAAUGGGACGAAGGGUCGAAAAGGGGCAAUUAUCUCCAGAAGCAAGCCCGGCAUCUUGUUUAUCGAUGGUCCUGGGCCAGAGAAUAAUAGGCGUUCCAAGCGAGUCGAUUCCGGAGUUACCGAGUGUGUCAGCGUGGACAGCCGACAACAUCGGGCAUUCUUUGCAGUGCAGAGUCAUCUCAUCGAUAUUGAUCUGCAAAGCUUGUCAGUAGUUGGCUGUGAGUCUUUUCCAUGGUCCAUUACAGCUCUGUCGGCAGCGCAUCCCGCGGUGCCCCUUACCGUCGGCACAAACUUGGGAAUCCACCUGCACGAUUAUAGGUCGAGGGCGCCGUAUCGAACCGAGAACCUGGACAAGAUCGACAAUGUUGAUAACGCUGGGAGGUUCGGGGCCAAAUACUUUUACGACCGUAGCCUGAGGUCUCUCUUCGACGAAGACCCUCUUCCGCCAUACGCUCCGCUCGCCCAGCCUGGCCCCCUCAGUAUCCUCCAUCUGCAGAGGCCUGGCUCUGAAGUCGACCUAUCCGACGACAUCUACGUGGCGGGAAGGUUUUCCAAUAUUCUUCACUACGAUCGACGAAGAUUUCCUUCCAUAAAAGGCUCAAUCCAUUCCGGCGCGAGGCUGUGCUGCCUGACCUCAUUGCCCUACCCCUUCUCUUCACUUGACCUUGACUUCAGGCGGAGAGGGGAACUCUCCCUAGAACAGAUCCAUACAUCCAAGACGCUACCUGGCGGACGUACUAUGAUUGCUUGUGGCGAAUAUAAUACCAAGGGGUCUCUGGAGCUGUACGGCUUCGCUGCGCCGCCAACAUCGAUGCCGGAUUUCGGGGAAAGGUUUGGAAAUUCAGUGCUGAAGAACCGGCAAACGUCGUCAGCAGCAAAACUCCUCUCCGUGACCAAUCACGGCACUCGCAUAGCCGUUUCGGACGGCUUGGGCUACGUGAAAUGGUUUGAGCGGGAUGGAUUCACAGAGGUCCGCCGGUGCCGAAUAGGACACAGUGACAAGAGAGCGGCCCCCUCAAUCUUUUCCUCGAUGGCGGUUUCCGAUGACAUAGCCAGGAAACUCGUCCCGGUCAGGCCCGGCGGGAACAGCAGUGAGCUCAGGAACGGCGACCUGCUCUUCUGGACAGGCGAGAAGCUGGGCCUGGUUGGCUUCUCGUCCCGACCAGGGUUCGCGGCGGAGGAGUUUGAGGAACGGGUCCCUUCUACUCAGGAUCCCGAGAUGGCUGAGGCGGAGCGGGCGCACAGAGAGCAAAUGCGAUAUGCUCUGGAAAGACAAGCUGACGAUGUCCGAUUUGUGAGGAAUCUCGGGCUCGGCAGCGGCCGAAUGUCGUAGUCUGAGGUGCAGUCUUCUGAAUCGAGGGAUCCUCGGCCUUCCCAGCACCCACUGGUCCGUGUUGACCACCUGCGAGGGGUCAGCGUUCUCUUCCGCCGCAGUUGCGAUAGUAACUGCAUGCCGUAUACUCUAGGCCCAACCCCAAGAUCGGCAAAGUCGAGUCCGACUUGUUGGCCGUUCCUCUGGCUACUGUCAUCCGGAAUUCCGUGCUCCCGAAAUUGAACCCACUGGCUCGAGAAUAAGAGAGGCUCAAUUCGGACUGGACAAUCUGGGCUUUGGAGCCGAACCUUCCGGUAGUGGGGGAACCUGAUCAGUCGUGAACGAUGCCUUUCCCCAUCCUCAUGUGCUUCCCGGCAGCGCCACGGCUGGCUUUACCGUGUUGUAACGAUCAAAAAGAUUACAUCCGUUGAUAGGUUCUGGGAGAUUGAUGACGCGGAGCAGACGGCACUCGAGGCGGAUGAGGAUA